UCAUAUAAACUUUAUAUAUAUUUCACAUUCUCUUUGGCUACAUUGUCUUUUCCCUUGUUAAAUAUCAACCCGCGUUUGCUCACAAACUUCCUUUUGGUUCCUUUGAAAGCUGUCCACUCUAUCUGAUUCUUUAUUUGUUGUCUUUGAUUUUCUUUUCUUAAGCUAAGCUCUCUCUUAUGUGUGCGUAUAUGUAUAUACACAUACAUGUAUAUAUAUAUUCUUCUACUUAUUAUUGCAUGCUUUGAAAUCUAACCCGAAAAGAAAGAGGAAGAGAGAGAGAGAGAAAGAGAGCACUUAAGCAUUUGCAUAGACAACUCCUUCUAACCCCACCUGAAAGAGAGAAAAAAAAAUAGAACCAUCUUCUUGUAUAUGUGAGACAUAUUUGUUCCUUUUGUUAAUCAACCAAUCCUUUAUAUUUUCAUUGGCCUUCAAAUCUAAAGGCUUUUAUGAUUGAUGGGUUUUCAUAUCUCUCUGUGAAUUCUUUGGGAUUCCUUUUGAUUUCUUUUGGUUGACGCUGGUGGGUCUUUGUUUUUUUUUUUUUUUAACUAAGAGCCUUGACUCGUCUUGAGUUUCCUUGUGAGUUUUAAAAUGGGACCCGUUAGAGGGUUGAAGAAGAGGAAGAAGGUUGAGAAGAAGGUUGACCAGAAUGUCUUGGCUGCUUCUCUGGGUCCUGAACCAGAGCCCCUGGAUUGGUGGGACGGCUUCUCUCAGAGGAUUACUGGGCCUUUAUUACAAUCAAAGAAAAUGAAAUUUGAAUCUGUUUUCAAAAUUUCAAGAAAGACAUUUAGCUACAUCUGCUCUCUAGUAAAGGAAGAUAUGAUGGCUAAGGCCUCAAACUUCGUUGAUCUAAAUGGCAAGCCUUUGUCCCUAAAUGACCAAGUAGCUGUUGCUCUUAGGAGGCUUAGCGCUGGUGAAUCAUUAUCAAGCAUCGGUGACUCAUUUAAGAUGAACCAGUCCACUGUUUCUCAACUAACCUGGCGGUUUGUGGAAUCAAUGGAAGAAAGAGGUCUCCACCAUCUUCAUUGGCCUUCAACUGAAACAGAGAUGGAAGAGAUAAAAUCCAAGUUUGAGAAAAUCCGUGGCCUUCCAAAUUGCUGUGGUGCUAUUGACACCACACAUAUCAUGAUGACUCUGCCUACAAUGGACCCAUCAAGUGAUGUCUGGCUUGAUCAUGAGAAAAACUGCAGCAUGAUCUUGCAGGCAAUUGUUGACCCUGAAAUGAGAUUCCGCAACGUAAUUACUGGGUGGCCUGGAAGUUUAAAUGAUGACAUUGUGCUUCGAAGCUCAGGUUUUUUCAAACUCUGUGGAGAAGGGAAGAUGUUGAAUGGGAAGAAGAUGGUACUUCCAGAAGGAACAGAGUUGGGAGAAUACAUAGUAGGAGAUGCAGGUUUUCCUCUUUUGCCAUGGCUUCUUACUCCAUAUCGUGGAAAACACUUGCCAGAUUUUCAGGCAGAGUAUAAUAAACGGCUUUUUGCAACCAAAAUGGUCGCGCAAAGGGCAUUGGCAAGGUUGAAGGAGAUGUGGAAAAUAAUUCAUGGAGUUAUGUGGAAGCCUGAUAAACAUAAAUUACCCAGGAUUAUUCUUGUUUGCUGCAUACUGCACAAUAUAGUUAUCGAUAUGGAAGAUGAGAUGCAAGAUGAAUUGCCUUUGUCUCAUCAUCAUGAUACAGGUUACCAUCAACUAAAUAGUGAAUCUGUCGACAAGUCCGCUUUGAUUCUCAGAGAGAAGCUCUCCCUACAAUUAUCAGGAAAAUUGCCAAAGUAAAAAAGAUCCUUCUAUCCUGGGGAGGUGGUUAUCUUUCAUCUAUUUCAUUCACGCUUUUUGCUCUAGUUGAAUUGGAAUUUAUACUUAGUGGGUUAGUUCUUUUACAAAAGUAGAUAUCAAUCUUGGACAUAAAAUUUGCUUAUAAAUGUGAUCUCUUUCCUUC